AUGAGUGUCAUGAACCCAAAAGGCAACACUGAGAAGGCUGAAAAAGAAAAGAAGACAAUAACGAUUGUGUUAAUUUUACUGAGUGUUGUGUUCUUCUUGAGUCAGACCCCAAUGUCAAUUUAUUAUAUCUACAUUCCUUAUGGCAUUGCAAAGGCUAAUGAACUCGCAUGCGAUAACUAUCCGGAAUAUACAAAACAAGCAGAAGCUAUAUGGUUGUGUUAUACAGUCGUGAACUUACUUGGAUACAUGAAUGCGACCCUAAAUUUUGUUUUAUAUACAAUUAGUGGCUCGCGAUUCCGCGCAGAAAUUGUAGCCCUGUUCCGAUGCAAAGGAUCACGAGCUAUUGGAGUUUUUGAAACAUCAAUUAGCGUUAGAGAUGGCAGUCGCAGAAGGCUUGGAUCAGUGACAGGGAAGUCGAAUGUGACGACAAUAUCUACAGAUUGA